AUGGCCAAGACCCCUAGUGACCACCUGUUGUACUCCCUGGAGGAGCUGGUGCCCUAUGACUUUGAGAAGUUCAAGUUCAAGCUGCAAAACACCAGCCUGGAGAAGGAGCACCCCCGGAUACCCCGAGGCCAGCUCCAGACAGCUAGGCCAGUGAAGGUGGCCGCUCUUCUACUCAGCCACUAUGGGGAGAAGUCUGCCGUGCGGCUGACCCUGCAGGUCCUGAGGGCCAUGAACCAGCACCUCCUGGCAGAGGAGCUCCACAGGGCGAUUGGCCCAGAACGUCAGAUACAAGAAAGUGACACUGACUGUCCAGCAAUGUCUUGUUCUUCUGGGGAGAAUAAGCCCAAGAACCUGAGGAUACCGGAUGGCCUGGAAGGCGACAGGCAACAGCAAAGUGGUGAUGGGGCAGCCAGCCAGCCCGAGGCUGGGAAAGGGCCCCAGAAGAGGCCUCAGGGCAAACGGAGAGAUCAGAAGGGCUCAGAGGGCCUGGAUGUGCUCAGCAAGCCAGGGGCCAGGGGCGGGACUCUGUCGCCCAGGAGAAACCCAUUCCCCAGCAAGGUGCAAGGGGUGAGUGUGAAGCUACGCAGGAAUGCCAGCUCUGCAGGGAGGCUCCAAGGACUCUCCAGUGGGUCGUUUGCUGGAUCCCCAGGAAGGAAAGAAUGCAAGAUAUCUGAAGCAUGUGCACCUUCAAAAAAAAAUCGACCCAGAAGUCUUGAAUUUACCAUUUCCUCAGGAGAGAGAGAACCCCCCAAUCCAGAAAUUCUUUUGCUUCAAGAGAAAAUGAGAAGUGAGAAUCUGGAUUUAGCAGCUACCCCCAGCAAAGUGGCCACUCUGGAUGUAGGGGCUACUGUGGCUCCAGAUAAAGGCUCCAGAAAUCCAGAGAAUUCUGUGACAGGUAGGCUGCAGGAUGAAGUGUGUCCCCUCUGCCGGGCCCAGGAAGGAGAUCCAGUUGGUGGCACUUGUGUGCAUACCUGCAGUGCCUCCGUUGCUUCUAGGCAUCCCAAGGCCUCAGGUGAUUGCUUGCCCAACUGCCUCAGGUGCCAGGUCUCACUCCCAGGGAAGAGCUCUGGAGGCCUUGAACGGCAGGAGGGCCGGCAGGUGGCCAGCCUGAGCCCAAAUCCCCUGCCGCAAUGUGAGCGUCACAUGAAGCAGGUCCAGCUGCUCUUCUGCGAGGACCAUGGGGAGCCUAUCUGCCUCAUCUGCAGCCUGAGUCAGGAGCACCGAGGCCACCGGGUGCGCCCCAUCGAGGAAGCUGCCCUAGACUACAAGGAGCAAAUUCGGAAGCAGCUGGAGCAUCUGAAGGAGUUGAGAAGAUUUGGAGAAGAGCAGAGAUCUCAGGGGGAUAAGAACACUGAGAAGUACCUGAAACAAACUGAAAUCCAGAAGCAGAGAGUCAGGUACCAGUUGGAGCAGUUGUGCCGGUUUCUGGAGCAGCAAGAGAGGCUCUUUGUGGCCUGGCUGGAGAAGCUGGGCCAGACCAUUGGCCAGGUCAGGGAGACAUAUGACACCCAAGUGUCCAGGGACGUUGCCCUUCUCAACAAGCUGAUUGAGGAGCUGGAGGCCAAGCAGUGCCAGCAAGAAUGGGAGCUUAUGCAGGACAUCGGAGUCACCCUGCACAGAGCCAAGACAGUGACUGUCCCUGAGCCAUGGACCACCCCUCUAGAGGUGAAAGAAAAGAUCCACCUGCUCCACCAGAAAUCAGAGUUUGUGGAGAAGAGCAUGAAGCAUUUCUCAGAAACCCUGCGUUCAGAAAUGGAAACUUUCAAUGUUCCAGAACUGAUUGAUGCUCAGGCACAUGCUGUUAAUGUGUUUCUGGAUGCAGAAACUGCCCACCCCAACCUUAUAGUCUCUGAUGACCUGAAGAGUGCUCGACUUGGAAACAAGUGGAAUCGUAUGCCUGACAGUCCGGAAAGAUUUGAUAGCUGCAUCUUUGCCCUGGGCUCUCCAAGCUUCCUCUCUGGCCGCCAUUACUGGGAAGUGGAGGUGGGCGACAAGACAGGGUGGGUCCUGGGCAUCUGCAAGGCAUCCACAAGCAGAAAGGGGAACAUGGCUCUGUCACCAGAAAAUGGCUACUGGGUGGUGAUGAUGAUGAAGCGAAAUGAGUACCAGGCAUCCACAUUUCCCCCAACCCGCCUGCGGAUGAGGGAGCCCCCAAGGCGUGUGGGCAUCUUCCUGGACUAUGAGGCUGGGGACAUUUCCUUUUACAAUGUGACAGCCAAAUCGCACAUCUACACAUUCACCAGCUUCUCCUCCUCUGGGCCCCUUCAACCUGUCUUCAGCCCUGGGACACAUGAUGGAGGGAAGAACAUGGAUCCUCUCAUCAUCUGUCCAGUGGGUGACAAGGGGCCUCACUGAAAGCCCUGCAUUUUGCAUCUCUCUUCCAACUCCCAGCCUUGUAUCUUGAAUUCAUACAUUUGACAGUAAUUAUUGAACAUAUCCUGGGUUCUGGGUACACUGGGAAAUAAAUCAGAGAAUAGUCCCUGUGCCCCAGGAGCUUAUGGAAUAGUAGAAACUAGCUAGGUACCCAAAUAAUGGCAAACCAAGGGCACAGAGAACAUCUUUUCACGGAAAGAUGUAGUGAUGACAUGCCAUGUUUUUUCAGAGUACGAAGUACAUGGCUAUUGCUCAAUAAACCCUUGUGUGGAUCAGCACCCUAAGAUGUUCCUGAGACAGAGAUCCCACCCUCAUUUUCCCUCAGUACCCAUUACAAGGAUGUAUCCCCUCAUUUUAUUCUCUCCUGUCUUGAGGACUUGGAAAUUCUAGGGGGAAAAACAAGCAGAGUGGAUUGCUAUAAAAAACUUUUGUACCUGGUACAGCUCCUUUGACUAUUGUAGAAUCUAGAUACUGAACUUUUUUUAUAGUACAUUCUUCAUAAAUAUUUUAUAUAUUAAACAUUUAUAUCUGUAAGAUAAAAUUUUCCCUGUCUGUUGUUUUUUUAAAUAUAAUUCACAUACCAUAAAAUUCAUCCUUUUAAAGUAUAUAGGACUUCCGGUCAAGAUUGUUGGAAUAGGUAAAUGCUGUGCUUGCCUUCUCCCAUAAAAAUUACAACUAAAUUAUAGAACCACCCUUGAGAACCAUCUGAAGACUAGCUGGAUGGAACUCCUACAACUGAAGAUAUAAAUAAGAAGCUGCACAAAUACUAGUAGGAGAAACAAAGAUGUGAAACAGGCUGGCCCCACACCCACGUGUGCUGGUUAAG